AUUGAUAUGACAAGAUGGCUGUACAUAAGCUUAUUCACUGGUGUAAAAUAUCAUAUCCGCUAUUUGAGAAAGGUAUUCGUCAGUGAUGCUUUGUAAAAACUUGAAGAUUAUUAAUUUUCGGAUAGUCCAUUCAAUCGAUAGAACCUAUCACCGACCAUAAUAGUGCAGAUCUCAUAUGUAGAUCCUUUACUGCUAAACAACUAAACACAUUUUGAGAUUUACCGUUGGCACUACUACACAGAAGAAAAAGACGACACGAGGCAAGGAGAGUAAGACAGCAGUCUAAUGCAAUAUUGGGUAAAAUUGCUUUUCGGCGAGAUCUGCAGACUACCGCGGACAACAGCUGUCACUUCGAAUCAAUCUGUGGGUUUUGGCUCCUUCGCUAACUGACUGGGCCGCCUGCUACCGUUAUUAUUGCAACGAAGCCGCCUGCCUGUUGAAGAGCGACGGCCUGACCGAAAAGAGCUUGUUGUAGAAGAGAUGCUACUGUCGCUAUGCUGGUGAUUGUCGAUGGCAGCGGCGGCGGACUCCGGAUGGCGAACUGUUGAUAGCGAAGGAGGGGAAAGGAGCGGCACAGAAAAGUGGUCGUCAGUGUAAACCAGUCAACGUCGACUGCCGACGCCGUUGUCAGACCGUGGUCUGCCGAAACUCUCCUGGAAGAACAGUGGAACGUAACGCCGUGCCGCGUCGGGCCAUCAAGCAAGGAAGAAUUCGUGGGGACGAGAGAGAAGCAAGGGUUGACCGAAGGCUCUCCACCCAGUAAACCAGACCCAUACUUCAAGAGCCUUUCUUGCCAGGCCGGUAUAUAAACGCUGGGGAUCGAAGAAGGCCGACCAGGAGCCGGAGGAGUAUUCGCCACCGGUGUCUCAGAAAGAACAUUGCUACAAGAAAGCGGAAAUCAGACGACAUGCAGGCUGUGCUGCUUACAGCUUUGCUGGCCGGGGCUACCGCCAAUCCUGUACAGAAAACUGUAUACACUGAUAGCCAUGACUACAAGGUCGUAUGCUAUUACGGCUCGUGGGCUGUAUAUAGGCCAGGAGAUGGCAAAUUUCCUGUGGAGGAAAUUGAUCCAUUUGUGUGUACGCAUCUGAUCUAUGGCUUCGCUGGCUUGGGAUUUGAUAAUCGCAUUAAGUCACUGGAUUCAUGGAAUGACUUGAAAGAAAAUUACGGAAGGGGUGCAUUUGAAAGGUUUACCACGAAUCUUAAGGCUAAAAAUCCCAGGUUAAAAACAAUUAUAGCCAUCGGAGGUUGGAAUGAAGGGUCGAUAAAAUAUUCUGCUAUGGCUGAAUCUCCAUCGUCACGAAAGAUCUUUGUUGACUCUGUCGUAGAGUUCUGCAAAAAGUACAAUUUCGACGGAUUGGAUAUGGAUUGGGAGUAUCCUGCUUCCCGAGGAGGCAAGUCUAAAGACAAACAGAACUUCCUAGCACUACUUCGCGAGCUGAAGGAUGCGUUCAAACAGGACAACUUACUUCUAACGGCUGCCGUAUCUGCUGGAAAGCAUUUUAUAGAUCCCGCAUACGACAUUCCAGGGAUCUCAAAAUACCUUGACCUCAUCAAUAUCAUGGCAUAUGAUUUCCACGGCGGCUGGGAAACAAAAGCUGGCCACCACGCCCCCAUGUUCUCGAGGCCUGAAGAACCCGCCGAUGAACGUAUUCUCAACUUGAACUAUUCUGUUAAUUACUGGAUAUCUCAGGGUGCGUGCCCCAAAAAGAUCACGUUAGGAAUGGGUCUCUACGGUAGGACUUUUACACUUCGUCGUGAGGAGGAUAAUAGUCCUGGCGAUGAGGCUCCCCAGAAAGGAAGAGCGGGUCCGUACACCCGUGAACCCGGAUCACUGGGCUACAACGAAAUUUGCGAAGAUCAAAUGCGCGAUGGGUGGACAGUUGUGCAAGAUCCGUACUUUAUGUCUCCCUACGCUUUUAAAGAACGGCAGUGGGUCGGUUAUGACGACAUCUCAUCCAUUGAAGUUAAGGCUCGAUUUGCUAAGAGUUUAGGCUUGGCUGGCGGUAUGGUAUGGUCAAUCGAAACGGAUGACUUCAAAGGAAAAUGCCAUGGCUAUCGCUAUCCCUUGAUAUCAGCUAUUAAUCGCGUGUUUGCCGAACCGGGUAUUCCCGAUCUUCCAGUACCGCCAUCGGAUCCACCUACCACCCCUGCACCGCCCUCGACCGCUUCAACGGAAAAAACCUGGUGGCCUCGCCCUAGCACCAGCACUAUGCGUCCAUCUUCACAGUCCACAGCCUUGACCUCAACGACGGCAACAACAAUAACAACAACAAUGAAACCUGAUAAUUCUACCACAAGACCUCCAGAAACUGAUAUGGAUAGCGAAUUUAAAUGUUCAACACAGGGUAUUUUUCGUGAUCCUUCUAACUGUCAGGUAUUCUUCGAGUGCGUACCAGGCACCGACGGACUGAUAGCCUUCAAAAAGGAAUGUGCCUCAGGAACUGUGUUUGAUCCUAUUAAGAAUCAAUGCGCAUGGCCACAUGACGUUCCAGAGUGCAAAGGGUAUUCCGCGCCCGCAGAUCUCGAUAUCGACGUUAAACAGGAGAUUGCCUCCUAAAAACAGCCUGAAUAUCCAAAUCAAUAUAUUUAUAAUAGGAGAUGUGCGAAACAUAAUAUUUAUGACAUAUAGGUAUUAUUUAUAGAAUAAACAUGUAAAUUAUUAAAAUAAGCUAACAUGUCAUUUAUGUAUAUCUAAAUAAUAUCGGAGCCAGGUGGCUAUUACCAGUCAACUUGUGUGGUACAGAACCGCGUGAUAAAUUAACCUACGUAUAAGGCUUUGAGUGGGGUAAUUCCCCCUAAGUCUUUUCUGAGAUCCUAGCUGAAGCCCCGUUUAUGUGCUAACUAAGAAACGGGGUCCUAGCUUUAAUCAGGUGAGAAACAAUUAGAAUUUAAAAUGAGUGCACUCAGAUUCAAUCGACGCAGUCCAGAUCUAACAGGCUGCACAGCAAUGAAAAGUUUAGUUCGCGUUUAACUCCGGGCUUGAUAAUUAAUUGUAAAUACUAUGAAAUAAUUUAUUUACCAUUCUAAUUCCAUGUCUUGCCAAAAAUGAAGAAUGUGUUUAUAUCUAGAUAAUUAGAUUACUUGAAAUGGACUUGAUGUUUGGUGCUUUUUGUAGUUUAGGCUGAAUAAGUUAAAAAUUAAGUCUCGAAUAUUAUAGAAUAAAAAAAAAUUUUGAAAAUGAAUUUGCGAUGUCUAUAAGGCUUCACACGGCUAAUCAGUGUAAAAUUCCGAUCAGGAACACUACGUACAACUCACAGAAUUAUAUAUAGUGUUCUUUCUAAGAGCUAUUAUUGAGCACCCUUUAGUCAUGCGAUUGUUAAAAUAUCUAUCCACAAUAAUCCAAAAAAAUUCCCCUACAGACCCUUACGUCAUGUAAAGUAGUUUCGCAAUAUUAUUAUCGAGUUUAGAAAGUAUAAGACUAGAGAUUAUGAAACUAUUAUGUACAUAAGCCAUAUGUGCGAUACGCUAGAGUUGAUGUUUUGCUUAAAUAAUAAUGAGACCAUUUUCCCUGCGUUGGUGACGUCAUACAUAUAACUUUUUGUUUUAAAAUAUACAUCCUUAUUUCAUUUUUGCAAUUCUAUUAAGGCUCACGUACUUUUAAAAGGAAAAAAGAGCUUGCUACAGGCUAUUGCGGCCUACACUUGUAACCUACUAGAUAAUCCGACAAGUAUUAGUUAUUGUAUUGAAGACGAUCUCUAAGGAAUUUCUUUUGAUAUAUAUACAUGUUCAGUACAAUUCUUCAAGAGCAAGAUGCAUCCACAUAACCCCCAAAAAACAUUUACUGAGGGGGAAUUAGAAGUCGAUCCUUAGGUCCCGAAAAAACAAAAAGCCACUGCGAAUAUCGCUCUAUCUUUGUUGUUGUAUUGCUUUCAAGAAAAAAAGUGGUGCUUAAGAUAUAUAAAUUGAAAACAGUAGUUCAAAAACUUUUUGAGACUAAGAUAAACAUUCAAACGCAUAGAAAUGUAGAGCUUUCAGUUUGAUCCUGAGAAGAUUCGUUUUUAUGACUACGAAAAAUUUUCCGCCAUUAUUAUCCCAAGCCCCAUCCCAUGUACAGCAGUAACCAUCCUACUAUAUCUUUCCUUUUCAGCACAGUAAACUGGCUUUUCUCGUUUAAGUUUGAAUUUCUCUUUCAUAACAAAUAGGAAUAAAUCUACGUAGCAUCGCUAGA